AUGGCCAGCACGAGUCCGACGACGGGCCGCUACCGGCAGUACAAGAACAAGGCGCUCGACGCAUCGGAGCUUCGUCGGCGACGCGAGGAGGAAGGGCUUCAGCUGCGGAAGCAGAAACGCGAGGAGCAGCUGUUCAAGCGGCGCAUGCACGCGAUGGCGCCGGGAGACGACGAUGCCGCCGACGACGAGGGAGAGGUGACGUCGUCCAUGCAUGACGAUGAAUUCUCGCAGCAGGCACCCGCAUCGCAGGUACAGACGAUGCUGAUCACGCAGGAAAUGAUUCAGGCACUCUACAGCGACCAGUCUGAGGCGCAGCUCGAGGCAACCCAGAAAUUUAGGAAAUUAUUGUCGAAAGAGCCGAAUCCACCGAUCGAUGAGGUCAUACACACGGGCAUCGUGCCGAGGUUUGUCGAGUUCCUACAGCGCGAUGAGAACUGCACACUACAGUUUGAGGCGGCGUGGGCGCUGACUAACAUCGCUUCCGGCACGUCACUACAGACGCGCAUCGUCAUUGAGGCAGGAGCCGUUCCCAUCUUCAUCUGUCUCCUCAGUUCAGAGUUCGAGGACGUGCAAGAACAGGCUUGGGGCGUUGCGCGUACAUCGCAGGAGACAGCCCCAGAGUUGCAGAGAUACGUACGUCUAACGAGGGAAUCUCACACCACUACUGCAGGUUCUCGGCAAGUCGACGCGUCUAUCGAUGAUGAGGAAUGCUGUCUGGGCGCUGUCCAAUCUCUGCCGCGGCAAAAACCCACCGCCCGAGUUCGCAAAGGUGUCACUGCGAUCACUCCCGACAGGGACACUACUAGUUUAUUUUUACAUUACUAUCAGUCCGAUAGGAUCGCCUCGUCCUGUCCGUUCGCCGCUGAUCGCAGUCCAGCGGACUCCGAGAGAUUCUUUUUUUUUAAUUCACUAUCAGUCCACGUGAUAUUGAACUGCGGAGCGCUGCCCUGCCUGCUGCAUCUCCUCAACUCCCCGAAGGAGUCGAUAAGGAAGGAAGCCUGCUGGACCAUCUCUAACAUCACUGCCGGCAACCGGCAGCAGAUCCAGGCCGUCAUCGACGCGAACAUCUUCCCGGUGCUCAUCGAGAUCCUGGGCAAGGCGGAGUUCAAGACUCGCAAGGAGGCAGCGUGGGCGAUCACGAACGCUACGUCCGGGGGAACGCCCGAGCAAAUACGGUACCUCGUUGAGCAGACGUGCAUCGCACCGCUGUGUGACCUGCUGACGGUCGUCGACGCCAAGAUCGUUCACGUCGCGCUCAACGGCCUCGAGAACAUUCUCCGGCUCGGCGAGAUGGACUCCAAGACACUCGGCAGUCCCAACCCUUACUCCGUCAUGGUAGAGGAAUGCUACGGUCUGGACAAGAUAGAGUUUCUACAGAGCCACGAGAAUCUGGACAUCUAUCAGAAGGCGUUCGACAUCAUCGAACACUACUUCGGCUCCGAGGAGGAGGACACGAACGUGGCGCCAUCUGUCGACGAGAACGCGCAACAGUUUCAGUUCAACCCGAGCGAGGGCAACGUGCCGAUGGAGGGCUUCCAGUUCUAGACGUUUGCUUGUUUCGUUCGCAGCGCGGUCGAUCGCGGUUCGCCGGCCGCUAGG